CGUGCAGAGCCCUACCAGGCUUUGGAUUUGGCGUCAGUAGACUCAGGAAGCUGGGCUGUGUGACAUCACGGAUCAGUUUAAUGUAUAAACUAACCACAAGAAUGCAGCGUGUCAGCCAGUAAGUUCAAAGAGGAACAGAAGGUGCUUUCUUAACCACUGCAAAAUGAACGCUUGCCUUGUCUGUGAAGUUGGCUGACUUAUAACUGAGCAUACUGGAGCCCAGGUGGAGAAACGGGCAGGCCCUGCACAAGAGCUUUGAAGUGGGAGGGGCACUUUAAUCACACUUCAGUUAAGUCAUAUUCAUAUGAGCCACGCAAGGCAGACAGACACGGUACAGCAGAGGGAAAAGAAGCACAGAACUUUUUAGCCUGGUAGUGAAAGCCAGACUGGAACAUCUCAGGUACAUUGUAGUGAGUCAGGUGAGACUGAAGCUGUGUGGUGGCUACUUUUUCAAGUUCUUCAAAAAGAAAAGAAGUUUCCAUUUUUGACCAGCCGCUCAUGUGAACUCUGUGGCUUCUUGAAUUAUGCACAGUACAGAUUAAUACAAAGCUGGAAAGUACAGAAUUCUUUGAGAACAUUGCUCAUGGGCACAUUUAGUAAUAAACUGCUUGGAAUCUGCCCAGGGAGUCAACUUUUUUAUAUUUUGCACAAAGUUUAUAGCAAAAACGCAUCAGAUGAAGAUGACUAGCUUAGGAUCUGCUCUGUGCAAGAUGCAAAUCCAAAGAAGUUUCUUGCUCUUGGAGAUUUAUUAUUUUUUGUGAUUCCAGUGGAGUAAGCUUUUGAAGAGCUGAUUUGAUUUUUCUUUGAUAAAGUGACUGAAAUAUUUGAAUAACUACAGUACAUUGUUUCAUAUUCUGGACAAAAUGGAGGCACUGUGUGUACGUGUUUGUUUGGACUGAAUUUUAUUAUAUUUUUGUAUUUGCUUUGAUAAAAAAAGGCAAACAGUUUGAAACAUGUGGGAAAACGUGACAACUUUUUUUAAUAACUUAUGGAAUAUUGCUAGCACCAAGCACGAAGAGGGGAUUUACAACACAGUCUGUCUGGUAGUUUUACUGGCACUGCCUCUGGUGGUACUCUUUACAUCGAUGGUGGUGUGCUGUCACUGCUGCUGCUGUCGUAAGCAACAUUGCUGUUCCUGUUGUGGUAGUGGUGAUCCAGAGUCACACACAAAGCUGGACAAAAAGAAGAAAAAAAACAAAAAGCAAAAAACAGAAGACCUCUGGAUUUCUGUGAAACCAGGGCCUAUGACUCCAGACCGGAUGGCGCUGACAACUGUUUAGUUUAAUUAUUCACACCAUUUUACCUGUUGUGUUGAACUCCAUUCGGGUUGGCCUAAUAAAAUAGCUUGAAGCUUUUAAAAUUGUAAGCUCAGUGACAGAUGCUAUCAGGUAAUCCUAAAUUCCAUUAAACAUGGGUCUCAGCAAUCUUCAAGGAUCUGCAAUUUAAUCUGAAUCCUUCCAGUGUGACUGUCAGGUAUUUUAUCCUUUAUAAACAAAACUGAGAGAUGAUCUACUUCAGUUCAACAUAUUAUGCACUUUUAGUGUCCAAGAGGACAAUGUUUUCUGUCAGCAUUCUUUUCUGUCUUGAGCACUUAGAAAGCAAUACCUUGUAUUCCUUACAUGCAUUUUGAAUUAACAGUAUUAACGUGGGUUUUGCCAGUUGCUGCUCUCUUUCUAAUAUCUUCCAUUUCUGAACUGCUAGAAAUAAUGUCUUUUUUAUGAAUUUUCAAGUCAAAUUUCAGUAUGAAAAUUGCACUGACAAUCUCCUAAGGCUCUUUAGGCACCUGACCCUUGAACUUGAUUAAGACAUUUGGAUUAAAACUUCACCUUAAUUGCGUCAGUAGCUCACUCUUUUAAGCCUGUACUGACUGGUUAAUUUAUUGCUCCAUAUGUCUGAUUAUACAGUAAGCCAAAGCUAAUAAAGAUUUUGUUGUGAUGUG